GUUUGGGAGGUUCUCUCUCCGAAUCGCUCAUUCUCUUACGCCGCCGCCCUAGUGCGUGCGCAGAUCGCCACCGCAGUCUCUCCUUUUUGAACUCAUCUGUGUCGCGCCUGCGAACCCUCUAUUGUCUACGUGCGCCGUCGCCCGGGGCUAGGGCAAGCCGCCGCUCCCGGCCUUGUUUCCUCUCCCUCUUGCCUCUCUGCCUGCUCACGCAGCACCUCCGACGACGCUUGCGAGGCCUUCGCGUCGCCGCUGCUCGGAGAUAGGUGCUAGCCAAGCUGCCAGGGACCUUUUUUCCCUCAUGCACCAGUCCAGCGCCGUCGCUUGACACCUGCGCAUCCCCAAUCGAUGCCUGCACGCGCCCAGCGCUGCUGCUGGACGCCCGCGCAGCUUGGCGCCGUCGGCCGGUUCUUAUGCACCCUGGAGCUGGUCGCCUGAUCCUCACGCGCACGUGACUACCGCCGCCUCUGUGCCCUUGGGCACAGCCGUCGCCGCCUGCUGCCUUGUAUCCGAGGCAUGCCCGCGAUCAGGGCUUGUCUCGCGGCCAGCGAAGCUUGCCUAGCGGCGGGUCAACCUCGGGCCGGGUGUGACACCCCUCGCUUUCUCAUUGCAUUUUGCCUUCCAGGUUACCUUGCCCCCAGUCAACAACCCCAUCAACAUCUCCUUGACAGCCAGCUCAUCAACCAUCCAGUGAUGGCUAGUUAUUCGACUUCUCUUCUGAUCGUGGCUAGCGAGAAGUUCCAUCAUACUAUUCGGACAAUUUGCUCUGAUCUCAGAAAUAUGCACCUUGUUCAAGAAACCUGUAAUUUCGUCUCCCGAUUCUUCUCACAGGCAGCUGAUUUAUUCAAUCACCAGAGGGGUUUUGAGCAAUCACUUUCUGUUGUUGAAAGCCAAGAUGAUGAACUGACAAUUGAUGAACCAUGCAGAGUUAGUAUUAAAGGAUGGAUCACAAAAGGAGGCAAGCAAAAUCGUUCUAAGCAUAAUUAUGACCCACCUGCUGUUUUCAAUGUGCUGGAUACAGUAGUUGUGCAUACUAUGGAGAGACUGAAAAAAUUAAGGGAAAGCAUUACAAUUGUCAGUAGAGAUAACUUGUAUGAAGGCAUUAGCAAUGUUAUGAGUUUUGAAACUGAUGAUUGUGCAUUAAUUAGGACAUUGUGCACUGAAGGAAAAGUUUUAGUUGCCUUUUGGCUCCAUAAUGCAUUAAUUAUGAAAAGGGUUGCUCCAGAUCUGCACACAUACAACUUCCUAAUUAAUGGGCUUUGUAAGACUGGUGACUUAUCUAAUGCAACUUGGCUUCUUGAUGCUAUGAAGAAUAUGGGUGUAUUUCCUAAUCAUAUUACAUACAAUACCCUAAUUGGUGGUUAUUGUUGUUGGGAUAGUGUGGACAGGGCUCUUGAUCUUGUCUCUUCCAUGAUACAGAGUGGAGUAAGACCUAAUGUAGUUACUUACAAUAUACUUGUUCAUGCUUUGUGCAAUAGAGGUCUUUUGGAUGAUGCAACAAAACUUCUCACAAAUAUACUAAAGGAGCAUGAGUCUGCAAAUAUAGUGACAUCAACAAUACUCAUGGAUGGACACAUCAAAAAGGGUGAUACAAUGCAGGCACACAAUAUUUGGGCUGAAACAUCGAGAGAAGGUAUCAAAGUUGAUCAAAUUGCAUAUAAUGUUUUGGUUAAUGGAUUUUGUUUGAUGGAUAAUAUGAAACUUGCUUAUAGAUAUAUUUCGGAAAUGCUCAAAAAGGGUUUUGUUCCAGAUGUGAUUACCUAUAAUACUGUUAUGAGUGGUCUAUUUAAAAGUGGGUUUGUUGCUGAAGCUUGUGAUGUAUACCAUAAGAUGUCUCUUUCUGGUGUUUUGGCUGACAGAAUCUCACACAGGUUAAUUGUUAGAGGUCUUUGUCAGCAGGGAGAUGUCUUACAGGCCGCAAUGAUUUUGGGAGAAAUGUUAAAUCAUGCUAUAGUCCCUGAGCCUCAUAUUUGGAAUCUGAUCAUCGAUGGCUAUGGAAGAUUUGGCAAUAUUGCCAAUGCUUAUUCAGUUAAAAAUAUGAUGAUUGCGACAGGUGUGACUCCAAACAUCUUCACAUUUAAUGCACUUAUCCACGCUGAAAUCAAAGGAGGGAAAUUAAAGCAUGCUUUAAUGCUGAAGAAGGAGAUGCUCAAUUAUGGGCUUGUUCCUGAUGUUGUUACUUUUAACUUGUUUAUUAGUGCUGCAUGCAAUAUGGGUUAUACUCAUUUAGCCAGAAAACUGAUCCAUGAAAUGUUGAGCAGAGGGUAUCAACCUGAUAUAAUUAGUUAUACAGAAUUGAUUAGAGGUCUUUGUUUAAAGGGAAAAAUCCAGGAAGCUCAACAAGUUUUCAAGAAGGUACAGGAAUCUGGCAUAGUCAUCGAUCAUGUGCCAUUUCAUAUUCUUAUUAAAUCGUAUUCAAAGGCUGGAAUGCUGGUUGAAGCUCUUGAUCUCUAUGAGAAAAUGACUGAAAAAGGUUUAGUGGGUCGUUAUUCUACGUACAAUUCCUUAUUUAUUGCACUUCGAAAGGGAGGAUAUCUCAUGGAAGCAAGCCAAGUAUAUGAACGAAUGGAUAAACUUCUGCAGCAUAGAUGUUUGUAUGGCCAACUAUGACGAGCGCUUUCAAAGGGAAGUAUGAGGAGUUGGGGGUUGAUAUGUAUAUGCAACAGUUGAUACUCGUCAUUUAUUUGCAUCUUUCACCAUAUAUAUCUAUUUAUAUCCUCUAUCACAUUUUUCUGAAUCUGAGAUUGCGAUUAGUCGUACAUUAUUCAUUCUGCAAUUGACAGGUAAAAAUGCUCCCAAUUCUAGUUAUGAGAGCUAUGAUGGUUGUAGGGGUGGCAUAUGCUUAAUUUGUUUGUUUGUUCAAGGAGAAUCACUAAAUAUUGUUCAUGUAAGAUCUUGUAUUUGUUACUUUAAUCAGUCAAAGUGAAAAAUUCAUAGAUUUUUUCAUGAGUUAUAGAUUUCUUUUUCUAUAUACUCUUCCUCACAUUUCAUUACUCAGUAUUUGAUACAUUUGACAUAAAGCCUAAAGAUUAUCUCCAAGAUCAAAUUAGUUUUAUCAGUUGGUUGCAACUGAAAGGAUCUGGAUAUUAGUUUUAUAGUCACACACACACACACACACACACACACAGACAUUUCAAACUGGCAAUUUAUAAAAGCAUGAGCAAGGGAGUACAACUGAAAGUGAGAUGGUGAUGUAGGACAAUCUAUAAGGUUUAAGAAAGGAAGAUGAAGAAUAAGAGGAUAGCCAUAUACAUUUUCAUGUUUGCUCUAUCAAAAGUAGGAUUGGACCUAUUUUGCUGGGAAAUCCAUUCUCACCUUUCCUGCUCAUCAAGCUCACAUGCCAGCUCUUCCUUGACACUACCCAGGUGAGAUCUCAGUCACAUCUAUUGUUUUAAAAAACAUCCACAUAAGCCCCUUAUACUGGAAUAUUCUUUUGUAGAGGUACUGUGUCGUUGCAUUGUCUAAGUUAUCAUGAUUGGAUUAGACUAAUUUCUGCCUGAAACAAACAAGAUGCAUAUUUUCUGUAUUGUGUAGAUCAAUCUGAUGAUUGCACAUAUUAGGGUUGUUAUGACAAGGAAAAAUAGGAAAAGUUAUUAUUAAUCAUAUUUUUUGAUUGAGCACCUUUCUUGUCUCAGUAGACAAUGUAACAAGUUAAUGUAAAAAUAAUAGGAAUGUUUCCAUUAAGCAGCUUACUAUUUGCAAAACGAUGCAUAGGAUAGUAAAGUUAAAGACUCAAUUGAGCUCAAACCUUACUCACUGUUUUGAAGAGAUCGGAGUGGAUUCUUCUUUCUACUCUUAUCUGAACUUAGUAAUCUUCUUGAUUUUCAUUACAUGCUAGUAUGCUCUACUGAAAUUGUUCGAUGGUUUGUUGAAUAUUGCUGGACUUCCCAGAGAAAACUUGAGGCAGUUUUGUAAAUUACCUAACUCUAACCGAAAAGUUUUUCCAUCUUAACUUUAGUGUAAGCUCAUGCUAAUAGGAACACUACUGGUUAUUCUUGUUUUAGAUAUGCCUAGGAUCUAAAUCUGUGGUUGUUACAAAAAACUUUGUUAAACAGAAUGACCUUUUAACCAACCAAACUAUAAAUUGCUUCUGUGGUCUUAUAUUACCUUUUAGCCACUACACGUUAUGGGAAGAACAGCUAUAAUGCUGUUAUAUGUCAAUAUAGUUUUAAAUUUAUACUUUUUUUGCUUGUGACAAGAAAUACUUAUGAUAUGCUAUCAAAUGACCUUUGAAUUGAAAGCCACUCUACUUUCUUUCUGCAAUUUCACUACUGUAUGUCGAUCCCUUCUCUAGAUACCCUCUUAUCAAUUCUAAUAUGCUAUACUUACUCUCUUGUCAUCUGAAAUACUUAUGUUAUCAAAUGACCUUUGAAUUGAAAGCUACUCUACUUUCUUUCUGCAUUUCACAACUGUAGGCUAAUCCCUUCUCAAGAUGCCCUCUUAUCAUUUCUAAUAUGCUAUACUUUCUCUCUUGUUAUCUGUGGCAAGUUCAUUUGGCCUUUGAACUGGAAGCCACACUUUUUCCUCUGUUGUUCCAGUGAAUUAUUCUAUUUUAUCAUUAUAUUAUAAUCUAAAUCCAUGCUUUAAUUUAGUUAUCAUUAGAUUAAUUCUGUCAUGUUAUAUUUUUAAAAUGUUUUACCUAUUAUUAUGUUGUUUUAUCAAGUGAGCUUUGGUACAAAUCACUUGUCAACUUGCAGCAAGAUUUUGCAGUCCCAUUUAAAGAUGUGCUUCAGGAAAUUGAACUAUGGAUGCAGAGUGAUUGCUUAUGAGAAAAGGAUCAAUGAGUCUCAUUUACUAGUGGAGAUUUUGAACUCGAAGACCGACUCCUGAGCAUUGCAAGGUUUCAAUGUAUUCCGAUCGAUUAUACAAUUUCACCUGUGUUCUUGGAAAAUUCGUUAUUAGUUUGUUCUUCAACGUAUGCUCAUUUUACUGCAAACACUAGUCUGUCAGCUCCUGAUGAUGCAGAGUUUCUUUUGAACUGAAUUGCUGUUUCUCUACUGUUCCAACACAAUCAAUGAGAAAGAUAAUAACCACGGCAAAUUUGUAUUUCAA